UCCAGACGCUUGAAAGUUGAAAUUUUUAAGAAAUAAGAGUUUCUUUUUAAUCUAUAUGAAAAUAAUAUCAAACCAAAUUAACGAACAAUAUGGAAAAUGCAUUUCUCUUUAGUCUUUCAUUUAUCUAGAGAACGAGAGUGAUAACGGUAAUUUUUACCAUUAUCUUUGAACCAAUUUUCGUACCAAAUCGACCCUUUUGAAGCUUGAAACAUGUUUAACCCUCCCUUUUUAUCUAAGUCUGUGAAUAAGUCUAGUUUAAGCUUUACAUACAAGUUUUCUUCAUUAAUUCCUCGAAUUUGUAGGCAAUUUGCAAGUUGUUGGAGAAGUAUCAUAAUUAUCAAGAAAGGGAGCCUAGGAAAAGAUACAAAAGCAGGAUCUGAAGAAGCAGGGAAGGAAAUUCGCGCCUGGGCGCCAUAGAAGAAGGGGGUUGGGCGCAAAUUUCUGCGCAAGCCUCGCGCCCGGGCGCAACCAAGAGGGCCCUGGGCGCAACUUAAUGCGAGAAGCUCGCGCCCGGGCGCGACAUAGGGGGCGCCCGGGCGCGACAUAGGGGGCGCCCGGGCGCGACUUUCUGCGAGAGUUUCGCGCCCGAGCGCGACUGAGGAGGGGCGCCGGGCGCGAUAAUUGCUGACCUGGAACCCUAGACCUAUUUAAAGCAUUCUGAAACUCAGGGUAACAUCUUCUUGGCGGCUGAAGCUUGGAACACCAUAUUUGGACUUCAGGGAGCUGGUUUUGGGCAGUGGGAACUCUCCAUUCUUCCUCCUUGGAUCCGCAUUCUUUCAUUUUUCUCCAUUGUAAGCUCAAGUUCUCCAUGACUAUGGAGAACUAAUUUCAAUUUGUUGGGGAAUGAUGUAAUUACGAAACUUUCAUGUAAAUGCACUUGAGUUUUAAUGAAUUUAAGCUUCUUUCAUUUGAUUGUGAGUGUUUAAUUUCCUUCUCUUAAAGCUUGUUGUGACUUGAUCAACCAUAGCAUGAUUCUUAGAUCUGCUUGAUAUUGGGAAAUAUUUUGUGGAUGUUGAACUGGAAUUAACACCUAUAGGAGAUUGUAUCUAGGGAUAGAGCUUGAUUCUGUAGUUGUUUAGAGCCUCUAAUUGUAAUGCAGAUGAACUUUCUAAGUUACCAAGGGAUUGGGACUGCAAAAAUUGGCGCCGUUGCCGGGGACUCGGUGUUAAUACUUUACUUGUGUAAUUCUUAACCAACUUAGGCUUUAGUCUUAUAUUCUUUAUACUAAGAAUAAAUUUGUUUUUAUUGUUCUUAAAGCUGACCUUGUGCUCUAGUAUUGUUGUCUUUAGUGAAUGCAGAGAAAAAUUCGUACUAGAAGCACAUCAUCAUCUGAACCUCUUCUAUUGGAUCUUGAAGUUGAAAAGACAGCAAGAAGAAACAAUAGCCAAAGAAGGAGAGAAAACAGGACAUCAAGAGACAUUUCUCCCACACCUGUAAUCUCUGAGCGACCAAACUCUCCCACAGCUAAUCAGGAAAUGGGGGAUAUGGCUGACAACAUGAAUGAUAACGGUGAUAGACAAGCAAGGCGCACAUUGGAAGACUACUCUACUUUCGCAGGGCCACUCCACUUUAAUAGCAUUGCUCGACCACGGGUAAAUGUUGUGAACAUGGAAAUGAAGCCAGCCCUCAUCCAUCUGGUGCAGAGUAAUCAGUUCAAUGGCCUAUCACACGAGAAUCCUUAUAAUCAUUUGGCAACUUUCUUGGAAAUUUGCAACACUGUAAAAAUCCAUCAAGUGCCAGAUGAGGCAAUAAGGCUCAGCUUAUUUCCAUUCUCCUUGGGAGGUAAUGCUAAGAUGUGGCUGAACUCUUUCCCUGAAAAUAGUUUUAGUACUUGGGAGGAUGUUGUGGCAAAAUUCCUCAACAAAUUCUUUCCACAGUCCAAGGUUAACAAGGGGAAACAGGAGAUUUCAUCUUUUGAACAGGAUGUCAAUGAGACUUUGAGUCAAGCCUGGGACAGAUUCAAAGGUCUACUGAGAAAGACACCCACUCAUGGGUUUGAUGAGCCUACCGUUCUCAAUAUGUUUUUGGGAGGAUUGAGAUCCCAAACCAAACUGAUGUUGGAUGCCUCAGCUGGAGGAAAUAUUAGAUGGAAGACACCUGAAGAAGCCCAUGAGCUAAUAGAAAACAUGGCUACAAAUGACAGUGAAAUGCAGAAUGAAAGGGCUCAACAAAAGGGCGUUUUUCAACUACAAUCUCAGGACGCCUUAUUAGCUCAAAACAAGAUAAUGACCCAACAGCUUGAAGCGCUCAUGAACAAACUCUAUCAAUUGCCAAAAGAGCUCCAGAAUGUGUCACAAGCCCAACAUCAAGGGUGUGAAUUGUGUGGAGGAGAACAUGCUAAUGGUCAUUGUGCUAUGCAGGUCAAUACCCAAGAAGAUGUGAACUAUAUGGGUAAUCAGAACCGCCAAAAUCACUAUAAUCAAGGAUGGAGACCGCACCCAAGCAUGGGCCAAGGACAAGCUGGACCCUCAAACAGACCACCACAACAAUACCAACCGCACCCCUCUCUAUCAGACAGGACCUCUAAAUUGGAGGACACUCUUCAACAAUUCAUGCAAGUAUCCAUCUCCAACCAUAAAAGCACAGAAGCAUCCAUAAGGAAUUUGAAGAUACAAGUUGGCCAACUGGCCAAGAAGCUAGAAGAAAAACCUGAUAAGUGUUUUGGAGCCAAUACUGAAGCCAACCCAAAGGAGGAGUGCAAGGCAAUCACUACAAGAAGUGGUAAGUUGCUAGUGAGUGGGGAGAAAAAGAAUUCAGAAGAGAGUGAUGAAAGAAAAGAUGAAAAUGAGACAAAGAGUGAGAAUAGAAGAGAAGAAGAGAAUGAGAGAAAAGAAAAAGACAGUAGUGUCAGUAGAGAGAAAGAAAAAGAUGAAGAGGAUGAGAGAAGAAAAAGAAAAGAAAGAGAAGUUGAGAAGCCUCUUCCCUAUCCACAAAUAUACUCAAGAAAGGAUAAAGAAAAGAAGUUUGGGCGGUUCAUGGAUAUCUUCAAGCAAUUGGAGAUAAAAAUACCAUUUUCAGAAGCACUACAACAAAUGCCAGUCUAUGCAAAAUUCAUGAAGGAACUCCUCACUAAAAAGAGGAAAUACAUUGAGGAAGAGACCAUUGAGGUACAAGGCAACUGCACUGCCAUUAUCCAAAAGCUUCUCCCUCCUAAAUUCAAGGAUCCCGGUAGCUUCACCAUUCCCUGCACUAUAGGUAAGCUAGCUAUUGGAAAAGCAUUGAUUGAUUUGGGUGCAAGGAUUAAUUUGAUGCCUUUCUCUUUAUUUGAGAAGAUUGGAGAGCUUGAACUCAAACCUACUCGGAUGAGCCUACAAUUGGCGGACAGAUCCAUCAAGUAUCCACUUGGUGUAGUGGAGGAUGUUCUUGUACGAGUAGAUAAAUUUGUGUUUCCAGUAGAUUUCGUUAUCAUGGAAAUGGAGGCGGAUGUGGAGGUACCGCUCAUUCUUGGAAGGCCAUUUAUGAAGACGGCAAGAGUACUCAUUGAUGUUGAUGAUGGUAAGCUCAAGGUGAGGGUGGAAGAUGAAGGUGAAUUUCAAUGUUUUUGAAGCAAUGUCUCAUCCCACUGAUGAGGGAGCUUGUUUUCAAGUUGAUGUGCUUGACGAAGCCUGCAUAACUGUGGAAAGGGAAAUACAUGUAUCAUCCCCACUUAUAAAAACCCUCAUAGAUGCACGUGAAUCUCUCAAUGAAGAAGAAGAGAGAAUGAUUGAAGAACGUUUAACAGAUUUGGAUGUGCUGAAGGAGAUCCCAUCUCAUGAGGUGCAGAUUGAAGAUAUGAAGGCUGAUGUCAUAUUGGAAGAGAAGAAACUAGAACUAAAAAUAUUACCCUCUCAUCUAAAGUAUGUUUUUCUAGAUGAGGGCAACAACAGGCCUGUGAUUAUCAGCAGCUCCUUAUCAUCUGCUGAAGAGAAGAAGUUGAUUGAAGUUUUAAAAAGAAAUAAAGGAGCUGUAGGAUGGUCUAUUUCUGAUUUAAAGGGGAUAAGUCCAACCUAUUGCAUGCACCGCAUUUUCAUGGAAGAUGAUUUUAAACCAGCAACUCAACCUCAAAGAAGGCUAAAUCCAGUCAUGAAAGAGGAGGUGAGAAAAGAGGUUCUCAAGGCAGGGAUCAUUUAUCCUAUCUCUGAUAGCACAUGGGUAAGUCCUGUGCAAGUGGUGCCCAAGAAGGGUGGCAUGACAGUUAUCUGUAAUGAGAAAAAUGAGCUUAUACCUACACGAACUGUCACCGGUUGGAGAAUGUGCAUUGACUACCGGAAGUUAAAUACUGGAGAGAUUAGCAGGGCAAGCUUUCUAUUGCUUCUUGGACGGUUAUUCUGGUUAUAAUCAAAUAGCUGUUGAUCCAAAAGAUCAAGAAAAGACCGCAUUCACGUGCCCCUUCGGUAUAUUCGCUUAUAGAAAGAUGCCUUUUGGGCUUUGCAAUGCCCCCGCCACUUUUCAAAGAUGUAUGCAAGGUAUAUUCUCUGAUUUUGUGGAGAAAUGUAUAGAAGUCUUCGUGGACGACUUCUCUGUGUUUGGAAGCUCAUUUGAUCUAUGUCUGGCAAAUUUGGAAACAGUUUUGAAGAGAUGCAUCCAAACCAACCUCAUCCUUAAUUGGGAAAAAUGUCACUUCAUGGUGACUGAAGGGAUUGUUUUGGGACAUAAAAUUUCAUCCAAAGGAAUUGAAGUGGACAUAGCUAAAGUGGAAAUCAUUGAAAAGUGUUGAAAUAUAUUGUAUUGUAUAAUUGUACUGUAAGACUUUACUGUUGUGUGCUGGUCUACUUGCUCCUUACAUAGGACAUUUGGUGUAAUAGAAAGAUAACACAAUGGAAUAAUACUUCUAUCUUUAUAUUUUCUCUCUCCAAAUUUAACAUGGUAUCCAGAGCAGGUUAGGGUUUGCAGCCACCCAUUGUCGUUGCUUCCGCUUCCGUCGCCGCUCCGUCUCCGCCGCCGCCAUCGCAGCCUUUUCUCCGGCGGAGUUAGGGGUUCGGUGCGCCUCGAAGAGCGCGACCCAUCCCCGGUGGUCGCCACCGCAUAUUCUUCUCGACGCGCCGUCACGCGCCGAUUCUGUGCGGUCUCUCUCGGGCGCGUGGGAUUCACGCGCCGCCUCUCCCGUGUCAGAACUUCACCGCGCCACCGCCGGUCGGUUCGCCUCCGUCCCCUGAGUCUAUUGUGGUCACUGAUUUUCUGCUCCGUUGAGGUUUGCUCCGUUUAGGGUUUCUUCCCACAAUCUUUGCUCCGUUAAGGUGUUUUCCUCUUUUUCUGGUUUGGUUUUACGAUGGCUGGUCUUGGAACACUGCCUCUCUCUGCCACUCCAACCAUUACUUCUGCAAAACUCAGUUGGAAAAACUAUCUAUCUUGGUCUUCUUCUGUGGAGUUAUGGUUUCUUGGUCAAGGACACCAUGACCAUCUUGAACAAGAUGUUUCCACCGUUCCUGAAGAAGAAAAAUCUCAAUGGCAGAAACUUGAUUUCCAACUAUGUGCUGUCCUAUGGCAAUCUGUUGAACCAGAAGUCUUAGAAAUUUUAAGACCUUACAAAACGUGUUCCUCCUUUUGGAGAAAAGCUCAAGAUAUCUUUGCUAACGAUGUACAACGCCUCUUUGAUGCAACUCAAAGAGUGACUUCUCUCAAACAGAACAAUCAUGAUAUGGUUACUUACAUAGGAACGGCCCGUGCUGCUGUAGAAGAAUUGAAGAAUUUCUUUGUGGCUGAUUCUUUAGAAGGCCUAAACAAGAAGCUUGAUAAGUUUUACAUGGUCUUAAUUUUAAGAGGUCUACAUUCAGAUUUUGGUCAUGUUCGUGAUCAAAUGUUGGCUGGUGAUCAAGUUCCAUCAAUGGACAGCUUAGUUACUCGACUUCUUCGGGUACCUUCAUUAGUUAAAGAUGAAAGUUCAAUUAGUGGUAUUGAAACAUCAGCCAUGGUAGCACCACAAGGAAGAGGAGGAGGCAGAGGCAACCGAGGAGGACGUGGUGGCCGUGGUAUGCCUCCUCAGUGCACAUAUUGUAAGAGGAUAGGCCAUACUCGAGAAAAAUGUUAUGCCUUACAUGGAUAUCCAGACAAGGGUGUUCAUGUUUUGAAAUCUGAUGAACCCAAAAUUUCGAAUGAAGAGUAUCAAGAAUUUUUGAAGUAUAAAUCUGGAAAAUCUUCUAAUCCUGACCAAUCCUCUUCCAUGUCCAGUGCGUCAACUGCCGGUAUGUCUCAAUCUGUGGAAGGUCACAAUCCAUGGAUCCUUGACUCAGGUGCCUCUGACCAUAUCUCUGGAACAUGGUACGGGUCGCCUGAUUGGAGAAGGACAUGAGUCUCGAGGACUUUAUUUUUUGAAACAUAGCUCUCCAGCUUCCUGUUUUACCACUUCAUCCCCAAAACUUUUGCAUGAUCGGUUGGGCCAUCCAAGUUUAUUCAAGUUGAAGAUGAUGGUUCCAAGUCUCAAGAACAUUCAAGUCUUAGAUUGUGAGUCGUGUCAAUUAGGAAAACAUGUUAGAUCUUCUCAUCCUAAAAAGUCUGAGACAUUAUGUAAUUCUCCUUUCUCAACUAUUCACUCUGAUAUUUGGGGACCAAGUCGUGUUACUUCUUUUGGUUUUAACUAUUUUGUCACUUUCAUUGAUGAA